AUGGCUCGGAGGAUGAGCAUCGACGAGCUGGAGGACCAGCUCCUCUGCCCCAUCUGCCUGGAGGUCUUCAAGGAGCCCCUGAUGCUGCAGUGUGGGCAUUCAUACUGCAAGUCCUGCGUGGUGUCCCUCUCGGGAGAGCUGGACGCGCAGUUCCUGUGCCCCGUGUGCCGCCAGCGCGUGGACUGCAGCGCCUCGCCGCCCAACGUCACGCUGGAGGAGUUGUCUGUGCUGCUGACCGACGUCCACCAGUACAAGAGGAACCUGGAUGAACUCUUCAGCAAGCUCAUCAACAACAAAAGCCGCAUCGCAAACGAGGCGGAUGUCUUCAAGUGGGUGAUCCGGAAGGAGUUCCAGGAGCUGCACAGGUACAUCGACGAGGAGAAGGCCACCUUCCUGGAGAGCAUCGAGGGGAAGGCAGCCCAGCUCAUCACCUCCAUCGAGUCCCAGGUGAAGCAGACGUCCGACGCCCUGCAGAGGCUGAAGGAGGUGCAGAGCUCCCUGGAGGCGCUCAGCAACGAAAGCCAGCUUGAUUUCAUCCGGAAAUACGGCUCCUCCCAGUUCAGGUCAGAGCUCCCCAGCCUCCACCCCGGCGACGGCAUCUUCAGCCCCGUGUCCUUCAAGCCGUGCUUCCACCAGGACGUCAUCAAGAUUACCGUGUGGCCGGCUCUGGCGCUGCGUGCUCUCCUUCUAGCUCCGGAGACGCUGAAGCUGGACCCGGUGACAGCGCAUCCCCUCCUGGAGCUCUUCAAGGGUGACACCGUGGUGCAGUGCGGGCUCUACCAGCGCCGGGACAGCAACCCCAAGCGCUUUGACUGCAGCAACUGCAUCCUCACCUGCAAGGGCUUCUCCUGCGGGCAGCACUACUGGGAGGUGAUUGUCGGCGCCAGGAACCACUG